CUCGUGUCACGAAUUAACUAACAACAGACCGCAUGUCAGAAAGCCAUAUGCGGGGCGCAAGGAGCGCCCGAACCAAUCACUUAAGGAAGCAAGGCAGACCAGUCAGGAUGAAGCUAGAGUGCUAUAACGCCAAGACAGACGAGCACAAUGCAGCAUGCAAGGUGCUCGGAGCUGUCACGGGUGGGCGCAACUGGCCACUGCGUAACACCCUCAAAAGAGGGACCGUGGUUCGAACUGUCCAGUCGAACCAGAAGUUGCGCACAUGAACCUCACACUGUCACUACCCGUGACAGGAGCGAUCGAAGGCAUAACACUGCGAGCACUCGAAGAAUUGUGUCAGUAUAUAGUCACUCGUUCUGGAGGACUCUGGGAGUUCUCCAGUAAGAAACUCAAGUGCAAGACUGUCAGUACCCUUGGAC